AUGGUGGAGGUGUUGUUGGUGGUGGUGGUGGUUGUUGCUGUUCUUCUAAUCCCCACAACAGUAGAGUCUUUCUGCUGGUUCUGGCCACUCAAGUUGUUGCCUGGUCUUGCAACCUCCCCUGCACACCACUCCCGCUGCUGUGUGGGUCUUGCAGGAGCCUCGGGGAAGCUGCAGAAAUCGGCAAGAAUCGUGUGCUGUCCCUUGUGGUGUGCUCCUCUCCUCGGGCCCUCACUGCAGUACCAAACCAGCGGCCGCCGUCAGGACACAAGUCGGUAUUUUCAAAUGCUUCCAACCUUCGUAUCAGCUAUUUCUAAAGCCCUAAAAGGAGAUCAAUCAGGUCCUCAUAAGAGCUUUUUCAGGUUCAUGGCACAGAGGAAGGGUCGCACUACCACCAGGGCCACUAAACUACCCCUGGAAAUGCCCCAAACUCACAAGUGCUUUUCCAGGUUCACAGCACAGAAGAAGGGUCACACUACCACCAGGGCCACUAAACUACCCCUGGUAAUGCCACGAACUCAUAAGUGCUUUUCCAGGUUCAUGGCACAGAGGAAGGGUCACACUACCACUAGGGCCACUAAACUACCCCUGGAAAUGCCCCAAACUCCUACGAAGGCCUUGCUGAAUGUGUGUACUUGGGUGUCGAAAGGUUUGAGUGUACGGACACACCGGGUCUUGUGCUGUCCUUUGGUGCUGUGGUUCUCUCCUCAGGCCGUCACGUCAGCACCAGAACCAGCCAUCAGGACAUACAGGGGCUUGUGCUGUCCUUUGGUGCUGUGGUUCUCUCCUCAGGCCCUCACGUCAGCACCAGAACCAGCCAUCAGGACAUACAGUGGCUUGUGCUGUCCUUUGGUGCUGUGGUUCUCUCCUCAGGCCCUCACGUCAGCACCAGAACCAGCCAUCAGGACAUACAGGGGCUUGUGCUGUCCCUCGGCGCUGUGUUGCUCCUCCCAGGGAGAUCAGCGCCACUUCCUGGUAGGUAAGAGAUGA